AUGUUUUCUCGUCUCUUCCUCCCUUUUCUAGGACUCCUCCUAAGCCUCGUCUCUGCAUAUUCUAAUCCAGGCGCCUGUUCUGGUAACUGUUAUGCACAUGAUCCUGCCUUGAUCCAACGUUCAAGUGACGGCACGUGGUUUAAAUUCAAUACUGGGAAUGGUAUUGGGAUAUGGAAGGCUACUGCUCUAGCUGGUCCAUGGACGUAUGUUGGUGAUGCUUUGACUAAAGGGAGUAGUAUUAAUUUGUCUGGGAAUACUGAUCUCUGGGCACCGGAUGUUCAUCUUGUAGGAUCAACUUACUACAUGUACUACGCGGUUUCUACCUUUGGUACACAAAACUCAGCAAUCGGAGUUGCAACCUCCGCGACCAUGGAAGUAGGUUCAUGGACUGAUCACGGUGCUACUGGUGUUGCAUCCUCAACUGGCAGCGCAUACAAUUCCAUUGAUCCCAAUCUCAUCCAGGUCGGCAGCGCCUACUACCUAAACUUCGGCUCCUUCUGGUCCGACAUCUACCAAGUAGGCAUGGCAUCGACACCCAGCAAAGCCGGCGGUUCCCCCUCCUACCAACUCGCCUUCAACGCUAGCGGUACCCAUUCCCUCGAAGGUUCCUACAUGUUUUACUAUUCAGGCUACUAUUAUCUCCUCAUCUCCUCCGGAAUCUGCUGUAAUUAUGAUAAGACGAAGCCGGCGCAAGGCGCGGAAUAUAAGAUUAUUAUGGGUAGAAGUAAGAGUGCGACGGGGAGUUUUGUAGAUCAGAGUGGGAAGGCUUUGACGGCGGGUGGGGGGACGACUUUAUUGGCUAGUCAUGGGAAUGUUUAUGGACCUGGUGGACAGGGCGUCUAUCUCUCAUCCUCAGGACCAAUUCUCUACUACCACUACGCAAACCCUACCAUCGGUCUCGGAGAUGGAAGUUAUCAAUUCGGAUAUAAUUAUCUUACAUUUAGCAACGGAUGGCCCGUUGUUUAA